AUCCUUUCCGGGUCGCAAGAAGCUAAGCACAUCCAUGAACGUGAGCUAGCGGGCCCGAUUUGUCAUCUUAAAAACACAAGAAAGCGUCUUCAGCGACACAUUUGAACGCGUCCAGCGCAGAAAUUCCCAGUUUAUCGUCGUGUAACCACAUGACACCGCGAUGCCGGGUCUAAGCUGUAGGUUUUACCAGCACCGGUUCCCAGAGGUGGAGGACGUCGUCAUGGUGAACGUGCGGUCAAUCGCCGAGAUGGGGGCCUACGUCAGCCUCCUGGAGUACAACAACAUCGAGGGCAUGAUCCUCCUGAGCGAGUUGUCGCGGCGACGUAUCCGCUCCAUCAACAAGCUCAUCCGCAUCGGCCGCAACGAGUGCGUCGUCGUCAUCCGAGUCGACAAAGAGAAAGGAUACAUCGACUUAUCAAAAAGAAGAGUUUCACCAGAGGAGGCCAUCAAGUGUGAAGAUAAAUUUACCAAAUCUAAAACUGUUUACAGCAUCCUGCGGCACGUGGCGGAGGUUCUGGAGUACACCAAGGACGAGCAGCUAGAAAGCUUGUACCAGCGCACCGCCUGGGUCUUCGACGAGAAAUACAAGCGUCCAGGAUACGGCGCUUACGACGUCUUCAAACAGGCCGUGUCAGAUCCCACCAUCCUGGACGGUUUGGAUUUAACGGAGGAGGAGCGCAGCGUGCUGAUCGAUAACAUCAACAGGCGGCUAACGCCACAGGCUGUCAAAAUCAGAGCAGAUAUUGAAGUUGCAUGCUAUGGCUAUGAGGGCAUUGAUGCAGUGAAAGAAGCUCUGAGGGCCGGACUCGCCUGCUCCACAGAGGUCAUGCCCAUCAAGAUCAACCUGAUCGCCCCCCCUCGAUACGUGAUGACCACGACCACCCUGGAGCGGACAGAAGGCCUGUCUGUCCUCAACCAGGCCAUGGCUGCUAUCAAGGAGAAGAUAGAAGAGAAGAGAGGCGUCUUUAACAUCCAGAUGGAGCCCAAGGUGGUGACGGACACGGAUGAGACUGAGCUCGCCCGGCAGCUGGAGAGGUUAGAAAGGGAGAAUGCUGAGGUGGACGGAGACGACGACGCUGAAGAGAUGGAGGCCAAAACUGAGGACUAAAGAGACAAAGAAUCAAAGGAAAAGUCGUGGAGAGGCCUGCUAGUCAGUUUCAACUUUCAGGUUGCAAACAUUUAAGUCAUAUUAUUACUCGAUUGGCAAAAGAAAAGGAUCUUCUCAACCCCACAUGAACACAAGGAUGGCUAAGCAAGUUUAACAGCAGGAUAGUUUCAGUCUGAAUAAACAGAAGCUGCUCAGUGGUCUUCACUUACCUUUUGCUUCAGAGCUCUGCCUCUUCAGUAUCUAUGGCUCCAAAUCUCCGUGUGGUCAGUGAACGCGACUGACCGAAGGGACAGAAGAAGCUCAUGUAUCGACCGCAUUCAGUUGUGAUAUUAUCUUCCAGUUCCAAGGUGUUUUACCAGCAAGAUCUGCUCUGUGUGUAGCUCACAUGACAUCAAUAAAUUUCUGGAAAUUUUCUUCUCA